GGCGGAUGAAGAGGAAAGUUGCAAAGGCGCUUGGGAAUUUUAUCGUGCUACCCACAAUGCUAAGCGUGGCAAUGGGGAAACAAAAUGGCCGACAAAGCUCCGUGUCCAAAUCUUCCGGGUUUGAUCCAGAAUAAUUGAAAUCACAGGACAUUUAAGGUAAGUUAUACUUAAAUUUGGUUUAAAUUGGUUACAACCCAUCGCAGUAUUCACUUGAGAAAUUCAAAACUAUUAAUCUUGUGCUGCUGUUGCAGGAGAAUCAUGUCACAGCCAAGCAGGAUUUUACCGCAAAGUAAAGAGACUCUUCUCAAGUCUUACACCAAACGUUUGAAAGAUGACGUGAAGUCGAUUCUGGAUAACUUUACUGAAAUCGUUAAAUCUUCAAAAGUACGUAUAUGGAUAAAAGUAUAACGAUUACUUGAAGCUUUUACUUGGAGGCUGGCUAAUUUAUGGAAAUUGAUGGUCGCUGAAUCAACAUCAAUAAACAGGAACAAUCUAUCAAUCGUAGAGCAUUCAAGCGAUGAAAUCGAUAGUUGACGACAGUUUUGAUCAAUUCCUAGUUUAACCAAUAACCAAUCCAUGGCUAUGCGAUUUCUUAUUGAGCGAUUGAAAUUUGUGCGAGUCUGAGAGUAUACAAGCCAAUGACAGUAGGUGCUCUAAUUAAAAAAAUGCAUAAUUUAUUACAUGGCUGCCCAUUUUAAAUAUAUCAGAGAAGAUGAUAUACAGAAAAGAAACUGUGUGUAGUGCACAGGUCAUGAAAGAAAAACUGUUGGCUGAAGUGUUUCCUCAAAAAGCAAUGAACUUUCCAUUAAUUUAACAGAAGGCCUUCUUUCUGGUUUCUUUCUUCAUCAGUGAAAACUUAAUGAUCUACAGUGUUUUAUUUUUCACAUCAUAAAAUUGAUACUAAUGAGGUUUGCAUCAUUUAUAGGUUGAAGAUGAAACUCAGGUAUCACGACUGACUCAGUCAGCCCAAGAUCAGUAUGAAGUGAAUGUCAGGGCUGCCAAUAUUGUAAGUUCAAACUACCAAUUAUCAUUUUAGGCUCAUCAAAAUGAGUACUGUAGUUGAUAGUUGAAUAAUUAUCAAAAUGCAAACAGCUUAGCUAGCUAAAAUUCUUAAGUUCACUGGAGCUGUGACUAUUUUGCAUAUUCAAAAUAUUUUAGCCCUCUGACCCUUAGGAGUGUCCAGCAUCUUAUUUCUUGUCACAAAACCACCCCCAAAUCACAUGUUAAGGUCAUAAGAACAAAGGAGAUGAUCACCAACUAAAUAAGCUCGUGAUUGUCAAACAAAGUCCCCUUGUCAGCCCCCUAGAAGAGAGCAGUAUGGAGAAUACAUACUCAUGUUUGGGUGCUUGAAAGUGAUCCAUGAUUGUGAGUGGCUUAGAAACAUUGAGCCAUCCUCACAAUCAAUCAGAUUGAAAACUAGAAAUCAUCUGUACUUGUUAGCUCACCUAGAGCCAUUUGAUUGUACUGGUACCUGAUUUUAGUUCUCACUGGUUCCCUGUGGCUUUGUUAUCAUGGCAGUUGUGAUCACUUUGGUUGUGAUUUGUUAAAGGAAAUUGGAAAGGGCCUUGAUAAGGUUGAUAUUCUAACCCUAUUGUUUCCUUUUUGCAGGUUAGGGCAGGAGAAUCUCUUUUGAAGCUGGUUUCAGAUAUGAAAGAAUUUUUAAUCCUGAACGACUUUCCAUCAGUAAAUGCCACCAUCUCUGAACGAAGCAGCACUCUUCAAGAAAUGACAAAUCAGACAGAUCAAAAACUGUUAAAUCUUAAACAAGAACUUGCUCUUAAUUUAUAUGAACUGGAACAAUCAUACUACUCAUCUAGUUAUAGAUAAUGUGCACAAUGUUGUAAGCCAUUAGAUGUGUCUUUGCUCUGCAUGUCAUUCUUGAAUAUAAUCCCUGCAUGUAAAUAAUUCUCUAGUACACAGACAAGCUGGUUUGUGAAGAAUUUGUGUAAGAGUUAACCACAAAUCAGAACAAGAGCUUUAUUUUAGCAUACAUGUUACACUGGAAAUUACUUCCACUGCUGAUGAGGUGUGCACAGCUCUUCAGGAUGAAUGGAGCACCAUGACUAUAAGAAAAUUCCCAGAAAUUCCUGUUCAAUCUCUCAUGGAAUUCAAUUAACCAUCUACCAUAAAUUAAAAGCUUGUAUUCAACAGCUGUGUCUCACUUGUUCUCAGUUUUCUCUGGGGAGGAGUGGAUGAGGGGUAUAGAGAGGAACAUAAGGAAGAGAAAAAUUAAAGAAAAUUUCCAUU